AUGAUAGGCUCGAGUAAGUGGCUGACGAGAAAGCGUUUGUCUCUUAUACGUUCACGAGAAGCUCGUGCCAGUUGCGUGUACAAGAUCCAGAAGAGGGAUCACUCAAACGCAAGCAACAUGAAACCCUUUCCGCGAAUCGCGAUCUUCUCAAAAGCCCCACCACGCUCUUCAGGAUCUCUGAUUCUCUGCCAUACUUCUCACUACUGUCUCCUUUUUCUACUUGGGGAAGCGGUUUUCCAACGAUGGCCACAAGCAGCUCGCCUUCUUCUCCUCCGAGAGCUCAUUAACCUCAGUGGAGACAAGAUUCAACGUACUCAAGAUCUCCAACUUCCUGAUUGA